AUGCACACCAAGGACAGCACCGCAGCGUUUGAUACCGCCAUACCCAGGUCCAAGGAGCUUCUGUGGGAACAUAUAACUUUUAGAAAUGUUAUAUCAAGCGUGUUGAUACUCGCCUUCGUAGCCCCGAAGCUCCAGCAGCACCGGCUGACGGUUACUACAGCUGAUGGCAUAGCCGAAUUCGACAUGCAAUAUUUCAUCCAAGGCGUAGCGGUCGAUAUCAUCGGUGUAACGACAUUCGGCCAAAGCUUCCAAGUGGUCGAAAAUGGAUCGCACCCCUUGCCAGAUAAAGCACUCAAGCUCUCUGGUAUCCUACAGUUUAUUCCCUGGAUUCGGCAUAUCCCCCUUCUCCCCAAACUUGACCCCUCACGAUUUGCUCCAGACGCUUGUCGAGGCCUCUUUACCCUGAUAAUGCUGGUCAAGAAUCCGGACAAAUUAACAAAGCUGUAUGAGGAGAUUGACCACUGGUAUCCCGCCGGCGACUCCCGCCCGGCAGAUUGCGAAUAUAGCCUCUCCGGUAUGGUAUACCUCCAGGCGUGCGUUGAUGAGGCGAUGCGCCUGGUGCCUGCUCAGGCGACGGGUAGCCCGCGACAGUGUCCCACCGAUCAAAACAUCCUCGGAUACCAGAUCCCUAGAGGGACAACAGUGUUCCCCAUUACGCAGCGGUGCAACUUGAGACAUGGUGGCAUGAUCCCAAAUAUCUGCCCGAGCGGUGGCUUGACACUGACGGGCGGGAGAGGCCGUACUGGCCGUUUUCAGCGGGCAGCCGUGUGUGCAUUGGAAAGCACUUUGCCAUGCAGGAGAUGCACUUGA